UGAUACAAUCCAUAGAAGCCCUUUCCAAAGCCAACCUUUCUCUUCCUUGCUGUGCCGUACUCGCUUUUAGCCGGUGUGUUGUGAGAGAAAGUGCCACAAAUUUGUGUGGACAAAACUGCCACCACCAAUAAUGGUUGGGACCCUGUAACUAAACCAGACAAUCAUCCCCUUGUUUCUCUCUCCCUGCUGAUGCUGCAAGUGCAACCUCUCACCAACUCUCACUUUUACACUUUCAUAUGCACUAUCCUUUUAUUUUAUAAGUAUCUUCUUACCCACAUGAGAAUUUUCCACCUUUCAUUUCUUACCACAUCCCUCCCAGUUAAGUUGUUCCAAGCACAAGGGCAAGCAUUUAUUACACUUUUUCUUUGGUGAGGAUUUGGAAGUAAAUUGUUUGGUUGGUGAAGAGAGCUUGAAACUUGAGGAAGAUGAACAAUCUCUGGUCUCAAGCUUAGAGGAUAACAUGCCAUUCCUGCAGAUGCUUCAGAGUGCAGAAUCAUCACAAUUUAUCCCUUUCAAGGAACCGGGCUUUGAGACACUAAUGAGACUGAAGAAGCCAAGGGAAGGGAUGAGAUUGGUGGAAGUUGAGAGUUGCGUUACCCAUGAUGUGGUGGAAGCGCAGUCAAGCAAUGAACUUCAACAUGUGCAUUCAGCUUGGGGUGUUGAGAAAGUGAGUAAUGAGUGCAAUAAAGGUGAAGACCGCAACAAAGAUGCUAAAACUGAGGUUGCUGCAAGGGAAAGGAGAAAGAGAAGGAGAACGAGACAAAGAAAAAACAAGGAAGAAGUUGAGAAGCAGCGCAUGACUCACAUUGCAGUGGAACGCAACAGGCGACGCCAAAUGAAUGACCAUCUCUGUGUGCUCAAAUCACUCAUGCCCCUUUCCUAUAUUCAGAGGGGUGACCAUGCGUCAAUCAUUGGAGGUGCAAUAGAUUUUGUGAAGGAAUUGGAGCAGUUACUUCAAUCCCUGGAGGCCCAAAAGAGGGUGAGAAAGAACGAAGAGGUUGGCUCCACCACCGGAAUGUUUGAAGAACAAGUAAAGUGUGGGGAUGAGUUUAAGGCAGAAAAGAAGUCAGAGUCAGUAGCAGUAGAGGUGACUGUGAUUCAAGCUCAUGUGAACUUGAAAAUUCAGUGCUUAAGGAGACAUGGGCAAUUGAUAAAGGCUAUUGUUGCCUUUGAGGAUCUUAAGCUAACUAUUCUGCAUCUUAACAUAACAUCCUCGGAGGCUACAGUUCUCUACUCCUUCAAUCUCAAGAUUGAAGAAGACACUAAAGUAGUCUCAGCAAGUGAAAUUGCAGAAGCAGUUGAUCACAUGUUUAGAUCCAUUAAUGAUAGCUGAAGUUAAAUAUUUGGGAAUAAAGAAAGAAAGUUUGCAAGACAGAUGGCAAAAUGGCUGGGAAACGGGGAACAGAGGGCAACCGCCAACCAGUACGUUAUUGUCUCCAUACCAUGUGAUGAUGUUAGUGGGUACAUGAGAAAUGGGUAUACCAUUUUAUACUUGCUGCCCAAAUUAGUUCUUAAUAUUGUACGAUGUAUGUUCUUAUUUGUUUAUCUUAGGAAUAGUAGUAAUGGAUUAGCAUUUAGCACGUUUCCAUGAGAAGAAGGAAGUACCACUUUGGCAUGCUAUCAUUACAUAUAAAGGAUGAUGCUAGUGCUACUGUUUUCAUAAAUGUUGACAUUGCGUGGUGUCCGUAUAUACUAUAAUAUGAAAGAGGUUUCAUGAUUA